AGGGUCGUAUUCCAAAGUAUAGGCCACGUUUGUGAUAUCUGCACCUCACGCGACCUACGGCAACAGGCGCCUGGGAGCUACGUGCAGCUACGCGUUCAGACUUCACGACCGCGUCUCUUCUGCUUGAACUUUUGUGUACAUACAAUACAUUUUCAGUAACUGAAUACGCGUCUGCUUGAGAUCGCGAAGUCUUCGUUCGAUAACACCCCUCAACAGCAGCUCGCUGAGGCUGGGUGCGGGGCAACCGCCCGCCCUCUUCGCAUUUGGUACAGAUAGUAGGCAUUAGGAGGGCUUGGAGCCGUGCUACCUAAGAAGCCCGGCGAAAAUGGAUCCGAUGCAAAAGCAGGAGGCGAAGUAUAAGACGAAAAGCAUGUUAGCCAUCAUUAAUGACAAGAUGGAGGUUGGCAUGGCGAAGCUGCGCGGCGAGGAGUCCGCAGCUCUCGACGUCGCAAUCAUUAAAGCGACUCUCCAGGACGAGGUCGUGCCCAAGGAGAAGCACGUCCGCACGCUGAAGACUGCGUGCGUUGGCUCGUCUCCACGGCAGUCGGUCAACUACGUCAUCCACGGCCUGGCGAAGCGGCUCGAGGAGAACCCCAAGGCGUGGCUGGUCACGCUCAAAACCCUCAUCGUGUUCCACCGCCUUAUGCGCGAGACCGACCCCUCCUUCCAGGAGGAGCUGCUGCGCUACGCGGAGCGCACCGGCCACCACCGCCUGCUGCGCCUGGAGUCGUUCGCGGAUCACACCACCAAGGAGACCUGGGACUACUCGGCCUGGAUCCGCGUGUACAGCCUUUACCUAGACGAGCGCCUGGCCGUGUUCCGCACCAUGAAAUUUGACCCGGAGCAGGACCAGGGCCUGGAGAACCGCGAGUCAAAGCUCAAGGCCUGCGCGACCCCCGAGCUGCUAGAUCAGCUGCCGUGCGUGCAGCGCCUGCUGAGCCGCCUGGUCAGCUGCGUGCCGGAGGGUGCGGCGCAGAGCAACGAGGUCUGCCUGCUGGCGUGCGCGCUGGUGCUGAAGGAGGUGCGCAGCAUCUACAAGGUGGUGUGCGAGGGCGUGCUGAACCUGGUGGACAAAUUCUUCGAGAUGGACCGCGGGGACGCGCUCAAGGGGGUGGAGCUGGUGAAGGAGAACCUGGUGAUAAACGAGCGCCUGAACGCGUUCGUGGGCACCAUCGGCAGCAUCCCGCCGCUGCGCGGCGCGGUGCAGUUCCCGUCGGUGCAGCCGCUGCCGCCGGACUUCCUGACCACGCUGGAGGACUACAUUAAGGACGCGCCGCGGAGCGCGGGGGAUACCGCUAAGGCGCCGCUGCCGCGCGCUGCCACCGCGGUUCGACAGCCCGGCCCCGGAGCAGCCACGUCCGCGGCGCUGGGCGGCACCCGCCUGGUGGUGGGCGGCCCCAUCAAGGACCCGCCUAGCGGGCCCACCUCGCCGCAGCCGCCUCCGCCCGCGCCCGUGGUGGACCUGCUUGGCUUCGACUCGCUCAGCAUCAACCCCGCACCGCCGCAGCCGGCUCCGGGCCAGGGCCCCGCUGCGGUCGCAUCACCUGCGGCGGGCGCCCCCGGCGUGCCGCCCUACCCCGGCGCGCAGCCGCCGAACCCUUACGCGCUCGCCGCCCAGGCGCCAUCCGCGCCAGGGGCACCCCCGGCGGCAGCAGCGCCUUUCGACCCGUUUGCCAGCUUCGGUGGCGCGCCCGCACCCACUGCGGCGCCCGCUGCGGCUGCGCCGCCGCCGCCCGCUUACCCAUACGGCGGCGCCAGUGCCUUCACGCAGGCGCCCGUCGUGGCCGCAGCGGCAGCCGGCUACCCGGGGGCGCCCGCUCCGCAGGCACCGCAGCAGCCACCCGUCCCCGCGCCCGCACCCGGGCAGUAUGGGGAGGCCGCGUUUGGCAACGCGUUCGGGGCGCACCCACCGGCGCCUGCACCGGUGCCCCAGGCACCCGCGCCGGCGCCCGCGGCGGCGGCGGCGGCGGCGGCACCUUUCAACCCGUUUGCCAACCCCACUUCGCACGCCACCGUUGCGCCGCACAUGCCGCCGGCGCCCGCUGCGCCCGCUGCGGGAGGCUACCCGCCGGCGCCAGUGUCAGCGGCUGCGCCGCCGGCGCCCGCAGCGCCGUCUCCGUAUGCGCCCGCAGCCUCGCCCGCGCCAGCGGCGCCUGGUGGCUUCAACCCCUUCGGUUCGCCCGGUGGCCCUGCACCGCCGCCCGCGGCGCCCGCCAACCCCUUCGGUUCGCCCGGCGCCCCGUCACCCAGCAACCCGUUCGGCGGGGCGCCGGCCGCGGCCGCACCUGCGCCGGCUGCGGGUAACAACCCCUUCGCUGCCGGCGGCUGGCCGGCGCAGCCGACUGGUGGCGCGGCCGUUGUGACUCAGCAGGUGGCUGGGUACAACCUGAAGAAGCCGGCGGACCCGCUCAUGGACCUGAGCAUGGACCUGUUCGGCAAGCCGCAGGCGCCGCCCACGCAGCAGCCCAUGCGCCCGCAGCAGGCCGCACCCAACGGCUCGCCCGGCGGCGCGCUGUUCUGAGCGAGAUGAUGCUGCGUGGGCAGAGGGGAGGCAGCAGCGGCGGUGUCGGACGCGGCAGGAGCUUGCUGGUGCGAUGGAGCAGGAGCAACGCUGCUGGCCUCCGCGGCGAGGGCUGAGGGUGGAGCGGGUGUUGCAUGGAGGGAGAGGUCAUGGGGUUUGCCGAAGGCAGGGGGUUGUCAGAAUUGCGAUUCUACGUGACGUCGACUGGGCCAUCAUGGUGUACCCUGGUGGAUUGGGGCAUGGUGGGCAUGUUUUGCCGUCAGAACUACAUUGAGUAUUGACGUAUUACCGAAGAGGGACACAAGGUGCUGGAGUGCAGCCAUGGAGCUGGAGUAUGUGUGCAGGGGCUUGAGGACAAAAUGAUCCAAAGGAAUGCAAGCGACUGAUAUGCACCUCUGGUGUACGGUCCCGAAUUCGCAUUCUGUCUGGACGCCAUCCGCCGAUACGCGACUGUCGAUCACGCAGCAU